AUGAAGCUCGCCGCGAGGCUAUUAGUGAGGAUGUGCGAGGCUGGCAACCUCACUGUGUCCGCGGAGCUCAUCCAGGCCAAGGCCGACGUCGACAUGCCAGAGCCUGAGAUCGGCGUGACUCCCUUGGUGGCCGCGGCGAACUCGGGCCACGUGGACAUCUGCAAGUACCUCUUCCGAAAAGGGGCGAGCGUAAACUCCGAGGUGCAGGACGGUACUGGCAGGGUCGCCUUGCACGCCGCGGCGCAGAUGGGCUACGCCUCCGUGCUGCUCCUGGAGCAGCGGGCCGACCCUAGGGUCGCAGACCUGGUGAAGGCCACGCCGCUGCAUCUGGCGGCGAGGUACGGGCACUGCGGCGCGCUGGAGCUGCUGAUCAAGGCCAAGGCGAACCCGAAUCAGGCGGACGAGUCAGGCCACGUUCCGAUCAACGACGGGGUGGCCAAGGACCGCUUCGACAUCGUCACCAAGCUGCUUGAGCAUGGGGCGAUCGUGAAUGUGCGGAAUAUGGCAGGGCUAGAGGCCAUCUCGUUCUCGCGAACGCCGGCCAUGCAGGCCCUGAUCAUGAAGAACGAUGUCAAUUUCUGA